GUGUUUUUUUUGGCCCUGAGGCGGCGGCGGGCUUGUGAACGUGUACACACACUGACAGUCACACAGUGACAUCGUGGUUGUUGUUAUCGUUGUCGUCCUCCGGGAGAGCGCAGUAACCGGCAAUAUUGCCGCCGCGUGGUUGAAACGUAAAUGGAAGUUUGAAAGCCGGCUGGACCGAAUGGACGCGUGUCGAGUAAGCUGACUAGUUACUGUGUGAGAGAAUUGAUUUAUUAGGGGAAAUAAGAGUCCGGGGCCGGGAUAGCUUAGCGUCGUUGGUUUGUUCUGCGCGAACUCGGGUCUCCGUGUUGCGCCUUCACAAGCGCUCGAGGCGGAGAGGCGAACGUCGGCGCAGCUCGUGUCCUCCUCGUGUCGUGUCCGCUUGCUUGGCUGCACUUGUUUUGCACAACGGAACGACACCGCCUUACGGGACAGCGGGCGAGCUGCCGCCGGGGAAUUUACUGCGCGGCACCUUUAGCGCGCUGCCGAAUAGAGGCGUUUCUCGCCGGGAUCGAAACGAGAGGAGCGCGUUCGAAAAGGAGGAAGCUGGAAGGAGGUCGGGUUAGAAGCGGAGUUCAGCUCCACGUGAUGAUCAUUGAGAGACGACGGAAGAGCUGAACUCCUGGUAACCAUGGACUCCAUUCAAGUGACAUUAACUAUAAGAGGAUUAACAGCCCCAGGUGAAUCCAUCGCCGUCGUCGGUAGCUGCGACGCUCUUGGCAACUGGUGUUCUCAGAGAGCCCUGACUCUUCAUCCCGAGGGCGAUGGCACAUUGUGGAAGCGAACUGUCAGCGUUCCCAGAGGGGUUGAAUCAACCUACCGCUAUUUCAAAGGCUUCUUUCUCGAACCAAAGAAUGCAGGUGAUCCAAGUCAAGUCAUAGUCAAUAAGUGGGAGACCCAUCUACAUCCACGAGCAUUGAGCUCCUCAGAGUCAAACCUCAUUGUUGAUGAUGGGAACUUUGGCAUUCUUAAUGGCACAGAAUGUGUGGAUUCCGGGUGGCUGACCUGUCAGACGGAAAUUCGGCUUCGACUUCAUUAUUCCCAAAAGUCACCUGUGUCAAUCACCAAAAAAAAAUUCAAGAAAUCAAGGUUCAGACUCAAGCUCAAUCUGGAAGGCUUUGAGGAAGAGGAAGAGGAAGACGAACAAAGCCCAACCUCAUGGAAUAAAAUGACGACAACUCUAGAGAUCAGUAUGAUCAGUGCCAAUGGGUACACAUCUCGCCAUUCCCAACCCGAGUGUGGUUAUGCUCUUGAACCAAGUCAGUGGACGGAAUACAGUAUCCACACCAUGGACCCAGACAAUCUAGAGCUCACCUUCGAGUUCUUUGAGGAAGAUCUAAGUGAGGCUGUUGUGCAAGGAGAUAUUCACCCAGGCCAUGUGGGAACUGCCUGCCUUCUGUCCUCUUCCUUUGUGGAAAGUGGAAAAAACACUGGGGUUGUAACUCUUCCCAUAAUGAGCAGAAAUGCAAGACAAGCCAUUGGAAAAGUGAGAGUGGACUACCUUGUAAUAAGGCCAGUCAAAGGUUUCAUGUGCGACAUGCGCUCUUCCUUUACAAAAUACUGGAGGAAAAGAAGCCCCUUGGAUGUCGGCCACAGAGGGGCCGGCAGCUCGCAUACGGCAAAGCAUACCAAAAUCAGGGAGAAUACCAUUGCAUCUUUUAAAAGUGCUGCAAACCAUGGUGCUGCAUAUGUUGAAUUUGAUGUCCAUCUCUCAAAAGAUCAUAUUCCAGUUGUGUACCAUGAUCUCACUUGCUGUAUCUCCAUGAAAAAGAAAAAUAAGGAACUUUCGGUGGAAUUGUUUGAAGUUCCUGUUAAGGAUCUUACAUUUGAUCAGCUUCAACUUUUAAAGUUAGUUCAUGUAAAUGCCAUGAAAGCUGAUGACCACAAAGAUUUCCUUGAUGAGGAGGAGUACAUUGCUGAACACCAGCCUUUCCCCUCACUUUCUCAGAUUUUUCAAGCAGUUCCUGAACAUGUGGGGUUCAACAUAGAACUGAAAUGGAUUUGUCAGCUUAGGGAUGGUUCCUGGGAAGGAAACCUGUCAUCAUACUUUGACAUGAAUCUGUUUGUUGACAUCAUAUUCACAUGUGUGCACCAGAACGCUGGGAACCGAAGAAUAGUCUUUUCUUGUUUUGAUCCCGAUAUAUGCACAAUGGUACGCCGGAAGCAGAACAAAUAUCCCAUUCUGUUUUUGACACAAGGCGUCUCCAGUACCUAUCCAGAAUUAAUGGACAUACGAUGCCGAACAACUGAAAUUGCAAUAAGUUUUGCACAGAGUGAAGAUAUACUGGGAAUAAGUGCACACACAGAGGACUUGCUGAAGAACAUGGACUCCAUUAGAGUGGCCCAGUCAAAGGGCUUGGUAGUCUUCUGCUGGGGGGAUGACAACAAUGACCAUGAAAACAGAAGGAAGCUGAGAGAGCAAGGGAUUGAUGGACUCAUUUUUGACAGAAUCUGUGAUGAAAAAACCGAGCAGCCAAACAUCUUCAAAGUAGAAGAGUCUCUGAAGGAAGCAAUACCAGUGGAGACACUGAAGAGCUGUGCCUGUUCCAGCUACAGUAUCCCGUGCUCCUCUUUUCCCUGUCCUAGUCAAGCAGAGGCAGGGAACUGCGGGCCAGACUCCAGCCUAAGUUGUUCUUAAAUUUUCACAACAGUCCAAACUCUACCUUCCUCAGCAAUCAAGCAAGUACCAAUGCAAUAGAUCUAUAGGGGAGCUCAUGUCAUUACAGUUGCAGUUUGCGGAGUUGGGGUAUUUUUGCAGGUAGGCAAUGAGGACACGACAAUCUAACCCCAAGCAGAUGUGCAAUUAGGUUAACAAGGAAAUGUAUGUUCUACAUCCAGAUGCGUUGCCCACUGGGUGUCUCUCUGAAGGCCACCUGCAUCAGCUUCACAUUCUGCUUGUUUUUUUUAUUUAUUUUUUUAAUUACCAGCUGUUUUAUUAAUCCAAAAUGUAUCACUGCACUUAAUAUGCUGAACAUAAGUCUUUUGUGAAUGUUUUUCUCUCAGGUAUUCUAUUUAUUUCUUUCCAUAUACAUUGUACUUGUAAAGCUGUAAACAAUGAAAUGUACUUAACUUUAGACAAUAGCAGUAAAAAAUGAUUAUUUUUCUCCCCA